UAAAUUUCAUUACUUCGAAUAAGGGACAACCUCUUUUAAUAAUGAAUCAAUUCUGAACACGACAUUUUUCAUGAAUACCUACUCAGUUUUCGAUAUUUUUACUUUUUCGUUUUUUCGACAUUUUACUGUCGACCAAAGUUCAGAGAUUCGAUUUUUCUAGUAAAAUAUAAUAAUGAGAAGUUUUUAUUUUUUUAUUUGUACCGUGUGUACAGCAAGAAAUAUGAUCAUGAUCGUCAAUGUGUGUUUCUAAUUAUUUGACAUUUUUCUUAUAAUUGAAAAUCUGUAUUGUGUUUAUUGGAGAAUUUUUAUUGGUUGUUUUAAUAUUGAAAUUAUGUGUCAAUCAAAAACACAUGUUUUUAUUUAGAAUGCUGAUAACCUUGCUUCAUUAAGUCAAAUAUCAACUAAUGUUAUGGUAUCUUUCGAAGGUAUUGUGACAUGGUUAUCAACAGGUAUUUUUAAAAGUUCAUGUCCUAUUGAUGUUCGUUACUUUCCUUUUGAUGAGCAAAAUUGUACCUUGAAAUUUGCUUCAUGGACUUAUGAUAGUGCUCGUAUUGAUCUCUCACAAAAGACGAACAUUGGUGAUUUGAGUAAUUUUAUGGCAAAUUCAGAAUGGGAAAUCAUUGGACUACACGUGAAAAAGAAUAUUGUUAAAUAUUCUUGUUGUCCAGAAACAUUUCCUGAUCUUACUUAUGUAGUACAAAUGCGUCGUCGUCCAUUGUUUUAUGUAUUUAACAUGAUUCUACCAUGUUUUCUCAUUACCAGUGUUGCUUUUCUUGGCUUCUGUGUACCAUCUGAUAGUGGAGAAAAAGUGUCCAUUGGUGUAACAACUCUUCUUUCAAUGACAGUGUUUCUCAUGCUUGUUACUGAUAGUAUGCCGCCUAAUUCAGAUUCUCUACCAUUAAUUGGUAUCUAUUAUUUUUCUGCCAUUAUAAUUGUAAGUAUAGCAACAGCAAUGUCAGUAGCUUCUCUUAAUUUAUAUCAUCGUGGUAAACAUCAUCUUCAUCCUGUUCCCAAAUGGAUUGGACAAUUAUUUUUUAUUAUAAUUCCAAAGCUACUUUUUAUGAAUAUUGAUCUUCCUGUUCAGUUACAAAAUCGACGUGAAAGCUGUCUAAAAUGCAUGACGACAACAACAUCGGAAAAAUCGGAAACAAGAAAAAAACUAAUGCAUAAAUCCGAUACUAAAAAUAAAAAUACUUUAUUACAUAAUGGCAAAAUUACGUUGUACGAAGAUCCAGUUAACCGUAAUACCACAAGUUCAUUGGCAUUUUCGGAUAAUCUUAAUUCAUAUGAUUUAUAUACGUCUUCACCAUUAAUACUUCGUUCGUAUGCGCCUAUACAAACGCGAAAUACUCAAUCAAAUCGGCAAAAUCACAAACCGCAUGAUAAAGAUAAUCAAAAGUUUCUAACCGAUUUAACAAAUAAAAAUAAAAAUAAAAAUAAAAAUGCUACAAAAUUAUCUGUGGAUUAUAUACAUCGUCUUGUUGAACAGAAUGAAAGUCGAUAUGAACAACAAGAACACAAUAGGAUGAUUGGACAAGAAUGGCAAAUCUUGGGUCGAGUUGUUGAUCGUUUACUUGUUUUUAUAUUUUUGAUUAGUACCAUGGUUGUUUUUCUAUUUAUUUUUUGUCAGGCACCACAUUUGAGAUUGAAAUAA